AUGGCUAAUAGGGUCAAUGAUAUCAACUUGUUAUUAGAUGAUAUUCUCAAAGACAUUGGCUUUACAAAUAACCCCGAAGGUCCCAGUGCUGUCGAACCUAUGGAAUUUAGGCGGACUGGUCCUUAUAUAGGUGAUUCAGUAUUCGUGGGAAGGGAUGUUGAUGUCUCUAAAGUACUUGACAUGUUGCGCGACUCUGACAUGGAAGACGUCAUUGCCAUUGUAGGAAUGGCUGGGCUAGGGAAAACAACCCUUGCUCAACUAGUCUACAAACAUGAGGAGGUUGUGAGGAAUUUUGGUGCUGAGAGGAUGUGGAUUUGUGUGUCAGAUAAUUUCAAAUUUGAAACGCUGUUGAACGAGAUGGUUGAAUCUCUUACUAAAACUAAAUCUGACUUACAAAACAUUGAAGCAAUAGUGCAAAAGCUUGGAGAAAAAUUAAAAGGCAAAAAGUAUUUGCUUGUGUUAGAUGACGUUUGGAAUAGAAGUGAAAGCAAAUGGCAACGCAUGAGAGAUUCUUUGCUAGGAAUCGGUGGAUCCAAGGGAAGCAAAAUUAUAGUUACAACCCGCAAUACGGAUGUGGUAUCAACCAUGCAGAAGAUAUCUCCCUGUCUCACUCAUCAUUUGCUCGGACUAUCUCCUGAGGCUAGUUUGACCAUGUUUAAGGAAAAGGUAUUUGCAAAUGGAGGACCAAUAGAAACUCAAUCUUUGUUGAGUAUUGGUGAAAGAAUGGUAGAGAAGUGUAAGGGUGUGCCCUUAGCAAUAAAUGCAUUAGUAGGCGUAUUGUGGACUAAGAAGUAUGAAAGUGAUUGGCUUAACGUUGAGAAGAGUGGAAUGUGGAUUUCCCUUGGAGAUAGCAACGACAUCCUACCAGUAUUAAGGCUUAGUUUCGAUGACUUACCAUCACCAUCUUUAAAGCAUUGUUUUGCCUACUGUUCUGUUUUUCCAAAGGACAAAAUCAUAAUAAAGAGUGAGUUGAUUCAGCUGUGGAUGGCUCUAGGUUAUCUUCAGCCUCCUUUAGGAACAAAUUGGGAAGCGGAAGAUGUAGGUGAUGAAUAUUUUAACGUCUUGGUGCACAGGUCAUUGUUCCAAGAAGUUAAAUUGGAUAUGUACAAUAACAUUUUAAGUUGCAAGAUGCAUGAUCUUGUGCAUGAUCUUGCUCUAGAUGUCUCGGAGGGUAAUUGUUUGGCAUUGGAAGCUAGUGAGGUGAAGGAUCUUCCUGAGGUUAAACAUCUAUGGUUGUGUCUCGAGGAAGAAACAAGGUUGCAAAUUUCAAAAGAAAAUGUUGGAAGACUAAGAACAUUAUUUUUAACUGGGCACCUCCCCAUAAACACAGAAGAUGUCAAAUGUAUACGGGCCUUGAGUAUAGUAAAAUCUGGUGUGGAAGAAUUUCUGAGUUCAAUAUCAAAGUUCAUACAUUUAAAAUAUAUUGACCUCUCCCAGCAGUCUUCUUUUAUUAAAGUGCCAAAUUUUAUUACUAAGCUCUAUAAUUUGGAAACACUCAAAUUGCCAUAUGUCACAGAGUUUCCUGAAAAAUUUCACAAGCUGGUUAGCAUGCGACAUCUUUGUAUGGAUGAUAGCAAAUCUAGCAAAGCGAUUCCAGCAUUUAUAGGGGAUUUGACAUCUUUGCAGACUUUAACUUUCUUUGUUGUGGGUGAGGAUAAGGGCCAUAAAAUUGAGGAGUUGGGACGUUUAAGCAAGCUAAGAGGCAAGUUAAAGAUUUACAAUCUCCAACAAGUUAAAGAGAGAAAAGAAGCAAAAAAAGCAAAUAUGUUGGAAAAACCAAACCUCCAAGAGUUGGAGUACAACUGGGCCCAUGGGAACAUUACGGAAUCAUGCGUUGAGCAUGAAGAAGGGUUGGAAGGACUUCAACCAAACAAGAACCUUAGGGGAUUAAUUCUUGCAGGUUUUGGAGGACUAAGGUUUGCGUCAUGGAUGCAAACAAGAGAUGCUCAGUCACUCCAGAAUUUGGUGAGAAUCAAGUUGAAGGACUGCAGACAAUGUGACCAAGUUCCAGCACUGGGACAACUUCCACAUCUUGAAGUUGUUGAAAUGAAGGGCUUGCUUAAUCUGAACUGUAUUGGUAGUGAAUUCUAUGGAUUGGAUGUUGGCAUUAGUAGUAAUAGUAGCAGUAGUUGGGCAGAAAAAACAGUUUUUCCAGUGUUGAGAAAACUCACUCUCGAUAAUAUGCCGAAGCUAGAAAAAUGGUUAGACGUAUCAUCAUUGCCCGCUGCUACCAUGAACAUGAAGUUUUUUCCUCACCUUGAGAAGUUAUCAAUUUUAAAUUGCCCUCAGUUGACAACCAUUCCGGUAUCCCUGGAGUUAUGUUGA